AUGGUUGCGCCAGCAGUGCCCGAGUUGACGGAGGAGGUGCUUCACGAAGCAAUUGAUGCCCGUACCGACUCAUUGGCCUCGUUGCGCGAGCUUGGCCCUCCCGACCUUGUGCACCUGAUUAAGCAGCCGCUGAGAAGUGGAGGGAAACACGUUAGCGUCUAUCACCAUGUUACCGGCGUCGAUGCCUCUUCGUCAGCGAGUCUCGCGGCGUACAUCAACACACUAGCUUACAAGGAAUUCGGUCCAUCUGCCACCACCAAGACCCUUGAAGGCACAUACUGCUGCUACAAUGCCUUCUCGCGCGUCGACAUGCGUGUGCACGCGCCAUUCCCUGGAUCUGUGGAGAGCUUCUGCAUCGACGAACGAGGCGAGAAGCGCAAGGCGACCGACGAGCUCUGGCUUGAGACAUACUUGUGCAGCGUGCUGCGCGCAUACUCGUAUGCAGAUGACGGCACGGGCGACACCAUUCGAAAGAUUAUGGGCGUGAGACGGUUCAACCCCGUAACCAAUACCGAGACCGAGCAUCGCUUCCUUAGUGCGGCCGAGCAUUUGUUCUUUCGGGGAUGGCAGCUAGGAUCCGACUCUAUCGUGCAGGUUCCGAACGUGGUCUCGAACCACCUCACGGCGGGUCUACUCAGAUACUUCCACACUACCGGCAGAUAUACCUCUGGCAUCAACCUGUUCGAGAAACUGAGGACAGAAAACGUCGAGGUGGCAUCUCUGCUGUCCAAAGUCUUAUUUAUGGGCAACGAAGAGGUUCAGGGGAUACGUAUCCUUCACGACGCUUUGAAGCAGUCGCCGAUGGAUUAUGUUAUGCUGGACACCCAGGCUGAGUUCUUGCUUAAAAAGGCCAAAACCGCCGCGACUCCGGAACAAAAAGACGAGAGACUCCGGAUGUCCCUUGGCUGUGCGGACCGAAGCACCAUUGCCGCCCCCAGCGAGUUUGGGACGUGGGCCAGGUUAGCCGAGGUGUAUGUAACCAUGGAGGACUGGGAGAACGCCCUCACCACGCUCAACUCAUGUCCCAUGUUUACCUACCAAGACAAGGACGCGCCCAUCAUGCCGGAACCGAGAGACAUUCAUCUACCUACGCUUCAGGAAACCAGGUUGGAUGAAAUCGACAGCGAACCCGAGUCCCGUUAUUCCGAGCAGGUGGAUCCGAGCCUGUUGAAUCUCCGCGCAGCCGCCUACCGUGGGACCUUUAAGCAUGCAUACAGCAUCCUGACGGAAAUGACAGCCAAGAUUGGCUGGGACCAGCUGCUGAAGAUCCGGAGCAAUGUAUUUGUGAUGGAGGACGAGUACCGUGAGAAGCAGGAGUCGACCAGCUACCCUAAGAAUCGCAAUGCCAGUACCGACGCCCUCCGCGGGACCCCGGAUCCCACCAUUAACGGUGCAGCUUCAGAAGCUGGAGGCGAUGAGGAGAAGGAGGACAGCGAGUCUGCUGCCCAGACGCUCGCUCCUGGCAACAGGGCCGAAGAUAUUGAGAGGCCCUCGAGCGCCGUCGACCCGGACGAAGUCAAGAAGGGUGACGACAGUGGCUCUAAGGAAGACCACUUCUCGCGCCUUAACAACAAGCGGCUCUGUGAACGCUGGCUUGACAGCCUGUUCAUGGUGCUCUACGAGGACUUGCGUGUUUACACCAUUUGGCGCACACAGAUGGCCCAGUACCGCGCGCAGAGCAUGCAAUACAAGAAAUCGGCCGAGGAGUGGGAGAUCCUGGGGUCGCUGGCCGAGCGCUUGCAGCACGUCGACGAGGCGGUCGAGGCCUACCGCGCCUGCCUCGCCCAGCGUUUCAGCCCCAAGGCGCUGGCGGGCAUCCUCAAGGUGUUCGAGAAGACCAAGGGGAGCACACGCGACACCGUGGCCGCCACCAUAAGACUGGUGACGUGGCAGUACAGGUGGUACAGCGAGUUUUCGCCCGAGCUGCUGCACACGGUGCGCAUGCUGAUCGAAGACGAGGGCGCUGUCAAGAUCAGGAGCAUUAUCCAGGCUACCAACCUGCCACAGAAUGUGCUCGACUUGACCCAUCAUUAUGCGGCGCUCUGCGCCACAUUCAGGAGCAGCGGGACUGACGGCUAG